AUGUCGUUGAGCGAGCUGCCCGGCAGCUGGUCGGCGGCGACGGAGAGGAGGAUCGGGCUGCAGGGACGGCGAGCGAUCCUGAUGCAUGCCCUCGGCCGCCCGGUCCCUGCGGCGGCGGUGGCGAACGAGCGAGCAGGCGGCGGCGUCGUACGGGCGGCCGGGCCACCGCCGCGUUAUGGCUCGUCGGAGUCUGCUGCGGCGGCUGUGAGUCGUCGUCAUCCAAUCGGCUCUGGAACGGGCGGCUCCGGCUCGCCUGGCGAUGCUGAUGAUGCGCUUCUUGCUGCAGCCGCCGCACCGUCGCCGUCGCCGUCGCCGGGUCGUCUCACCGCCGAGAUGGCUCUGUCCAUCCUCGUCGACUGCUUUGGCCACUAG